UUCAGAAAGAUACAAGCCAACAGUAUCAAAGAAGACGACCUAGGAAAAGCCAAUUCCUUUCGAAUAUGUAGUUUACGACGGCCACACAUGCGCGCCUUUCAUACGUCUUGGUUCUGCUUCUUUAUUGCUUUUACAGCAUGGUUUGGCAUUCAGCCACUUAUACCAACGAUAAGGAAGGAACUUGGUCUCUCUAAAAAAGAAGUUGCACGAUCCGGUAUUGCAAGUAUUUCCGCAACACUGGCUGUUCGUAUCUUUGUUGGUCCAUUGUGUGACAAAUUUGGUCCAAGACGAGUGAUGUCUAGUUUGCUGAUUGUAGGUGCAAUCCCGCUAGCGUUUUCUGGUUUAAUAAAAAAUGGAACAGGUCUAAUCAUAGUACGGCUUUGUGUUGGUAUACUUGGAGGCUCGUUUAUACCUUGCCAAUUCUGGACAUCUGCUACGUUCAAUGUGAAGAUCGUUGGUUCCGCCAAUGCCUUAGUUGGAGGCUGGGGUAAUCUUGGAGGAGGGUUCACGUUCAUAAUUAUGCCUGCCCUAUUUGAACUGGUCAAGAUAUGCGGGGCGGAUGAAUUCCUUGCUUGGAAAAUUGCUCUCGUCAUCCCAGCCGUUAUUCUCAUUCGAUUUGGCAUUCUUAUUCUUUGGACCUCGGAUGAUUGUCCACAAGGUAAAUGGUCGCUUAGGAAGCUUCCCGAAAUGGACAUCUUUGUUGCAGCAAAACCAGUUUAUGAAGAGGUUUCUUGUGUAGAUGAUGACAACGUUCAAUAUGCAGUUAAAACUAAACAGCAAGGGAUUGAUAACACAGACGUUGAACUGAAUAAAAAAUAUACAGAACAUGGUUGUGGAAAGCAUUGGAUUUGGGACAAGAUCUGGUUGAUUGUAACGGUGACAGUUCUUGCCAUCCAAUACGGUCUUUGCUUUGGUGUUGAAAUAGCCGUGAACACAGUUAUGAACUUGUACUUCUUGUAUAAAUUUGAAAAGGAAGAUUGUGAAGAAGGUUCACAUGACGUUAUGCAAACCAAUAACACCACUAACAUGACAACCGCCACAGUCUUUGCACCGUCAGAUGAUCAAAAUACAUGCAGUAUUUUAUCACAGAACUCUGCAAGUCUAAUUGCUUCCCUCUUUGGUUUGAUAAAUUUGUUUGCAAGAGCUCUGGGCGGAAUAUUUUCCGAUUUGUUGAGGAAAUACUUACAAAUCCCUGGUCGGCUAUUGGCGCAAAUAAUAUGUAUGACUGCAGAAGGUGUAAUGCUGAUUGUAUUUAGCCGAAUGGAGACAAUACCUACAGCAAUUAUAGCUAUGGUUGCGUUUAGCUUACUCGCCAUGAUGUCUGAAGGCUCUACUUUCGCCGUUGUUCCAUACAUUCAUCCACGACGUGUUGGUCUUGUUGCAGGAUUCGUAGGUGCUGGAGGGAAUGCAGGUGCAAUGAUUUGGAAUACGAUAUGGUUGAAUCUGGUUGAUACUGAUCCUAGUCGAUGGUUUCUACUUUUAGGUAUAUUUGUUCUUUGUGGAAAUGUGUUGACAUUGAUUAUUCCAGUGCAGAGAAAGCGAAUAUGGAAUGUCUUCAAUAGAUAGAUACUAUAACAACUUCCACUGUCGAAUAUGAGUUAUUUUCAUUUAUUGGAGCUUUUUCGCGUUAUAUUAAUCAGCUAUUCAUUCGGGUGUCCCUUUCACCAGUUUCUCUGACAGACCUAUACAUGGUUUUCGUUAUAUUUUACAUACAA